AUGUCUGCUUAUACAAAAUCCCGUGUCUAUGUCCCGAAGCAUGUCAACAGAGACAGCAUUAUCAAGUGCUAUGUCGAUAAGGAUAUCGAAUUUAUCAGUGUGGCAACCGAGCAGGAGGCUAUCGAACUUGAGGCAACCAGCUCUACCCCAUUCUUUGUCUUUGAGCAAGACUACUUUAUCUUCUGCAAUUCGCCAGAAGGGACUGUCAGAUGCAACUACUGGUCAAGGAACCACAUUAUGGACCGACUCCUAGGACACAGCCCAGAUUGUUGGAAGCAGCAGUUUCAUGAGAAGGACGGACUAAAAGUCUCUCCAUACCCGCCAGUUGUGUAUUUUCUCCCAGCUGGCUUUACUAACAAUAGCCUUCACGUUGUAUCCUGGAGUGUCGUGGUUUAUUAUGAGAGCAUGGACAUUGAGGUGUUUGCUCAAAGUGUCAGGGAAAUGGAUGGCUGCAACCAGAAAUUCUUUGUCGCAGCACACGACAGCGCGCUCGAGUGUGUCGAGGUGGAGAACACAGAAAAUAGUGUCGAAUUCACUAUGGCUGACAUCAUUCGGUACGCCCCUUUGAUUUCGGAAGAUCCGGUGUUCAUUAAAAGAUACAUGGAACACGUCCGCAAUAUAAGGGAGAACAGACCAGGACGUCUACCUAACGGGCAGUUCAAGCUCAAGGACUGUUUUGGAGACGAUGUGCGCGAUGGCGAGCAAUUUCGACUGAUCUUUUAUUUUUAUGACGACCAUUCGUGCUACACAGGCGAAGAUCCAUAUGAUGAUAGUGAGCCAGAGUAUGCCGGGCUCGAAAUGCCUAGCAGAAGAAUCGCUCCAUCCAUGGAUGGCGGCUCCAUCUUCACCAGCGAGACCAUAGACGACAUUGUGUAUCUCAAGUACAAUGAACAAUACCUGUACUGUUCAGAUGAUGGCAGAUGGCAAAUAAAACUGAUGCCUGAGCUUCCUGAAGAGAAUGAGCGAUUGCAUUUGCAAUAUGACAGAAAAAUGCUCACCUUUUCGCGGUGGAACAAAAUUGGAUGUCUCCAUGUGAGCUGGUACCGCCAUACCGGUGAGGUGUAUUUUCUGGAAGACAAUGUGAUAGACCCUUAUGAUGAGUGCUUAACACUUGAAUUGGUAAAAAUCUAA